CUUCCUCAGCAAAAAGAGGAUGAUUGGUGGCAGAUGUUAGCUCAGGGCUAAUCUUCCUCAAAAGAAAAAGAAAAGGUCCAGAGGAGCCUCUGGAAACGACCCCUGAAGUCUAACUCCUCUCUAGAGACCAAAGGCCCGGGUUGCCAGGGCAUACAUUUUCUCAGACGUCUCCUGGAGAGCAAGCGUGUUAGCUUUGGAUUCCUGUACCAGCAGACAGGAGGGCCAUUGCUCUGUCAGAUGGCCUUCCAAGUCUGCACACAGGCCUACAGUCUCAGUUUGGGGCUUCACUAGGUACAAGGACACCCUGGCCUCUCACAGUCAAGGGACAUGUGUCACUUUUAGCAGGUUUAGGGCAUUUCCCAAAUGAUUUUGUAUUUAUUCUUCAGAUGCCAGCGCUGGGAAAGGAGGAGACUGGGGGCUGGUUAGGCCCUGUGUAUGGGGUGGCUGGUGCAGCAACGGGUACCCUUGAAGCAUCCGGAAGCAUCUUCCUGGGGCCUGGGAAGGAGAACUUUACUACACUGGGGCCAAAGAUCAGAACCCAGGAGCCUGCUUCUGCCUGCUGCUCUGCCCCCUACGGGUGAUAAAUAUCCCUUAAAGGCUGUUCCUGGGCUUCUGCCCUUUGAGUCCAGGGUAGACCACCUGGGUGAAAGCUUAGAGGCUGCCCCCUCCCCACCGAGAAAAAUCAUGGGGAGCAGGGAGGCAGUCUCAAAUCUCAACACACACACACACCAAUAGCUGGAAGUCCUUUAGGCUGGCCCCUGCCCCUUUAUCUGAUGGCUUUUGCUGCCACCAGCCAGCCCUGGACUUGGACCCUGGGCUGACUGUGAGUGCCCUCCCUGGGCUGUUUGUCUACCUUGUUCAUAGAGAGGCACUGGGAGAGAGGAGAACAUUCCUGGCUGCUGAGGCUCUGGAAGGAAGGGAAAGAAAGGAGACGAAAGGCUGCUUGAGCUAGGGCCCUCGGGGGUGGCAUGUGACUGGUGGGGGCCGGUGCUGCCUUGGCAACCAGCACCGCUCUGCACUCCCCCAGUCAUAGUUUACCUCUUCAUCAUCACAUGGCCUCAUCUGUCAUGCAGGGCUUUAAACAGCUGGAGGCCUGCUUUACCUUUCCUCCCUGAUCUUUUCAUCACCCUCCCCAUCCUCAGACACCAGGAUCUUCCCCAGCUCUCCUUAAAUCUGAGAGAGGGACCCAGGCCGUUGGGAGUCCCCACUACCCCCCUGUUUCCCAGUGUCCACGAGGGAAGCUGUGGGGAGUACUCCUCUCAUCCACAUUCUGUUCCGGGAAUGGGGUCUGGAAAGGGAGCCUGGUUUGACCUCUGAUUCCUGUGGAAGUGGCCAGCAGCUGGUCCCCAUCUCUUAGCACAUGUUCCUUCCCAGGAUGACAGCCAAGGUGGCUGCUUCUCUCUGUGGCAGAAGCAUGAGUUCCAUGUGUCUCCCUGGGAUAAGUAUCUUGCAGGAGUGCGUAUUAUGUGUCAUUUCUACCUUCCUGAUUCCGUUUUGAUGAUGUUCUGUGGGGUACAAGCAGGGAACACCAGCUUUUUCUUGCAGUUACUGACAGGACAGGUUAUCAGAGAGCUUGCUUUCCUGCAUCAGGAUCAUGUUGAUACAUUAAAACAAGAGCCUUCUUUGAGUACCACUUACCUGCAAGCUGGGUAUCCGUCAGGAAUAGAGAAACGGGGCUAGGAUUUUAGAAGCCAAGUCCCUUCCCCCUCCUCCCCCAGAUCUAUUCCACACAGACCUGUACCAACUUCCCUUUGGCUCCCUCUGGCACAAAAUCAGGGGAGGUUCUAUGAAAACUGGGGUUCCCCAAACUCCUACACAAGCCAGCUUAUUCUCACAAUGACUUAGCCUUGAGCUCACCUCCAAGCCCCGCCUCACUGCAACCAUGUGCUCCCCUAUUCCUGUACAGCAGGGCCAGCUCACCUUCUCGGCGCCUCUGAGACCCAUUCUCUUAGCUCCCACCCACAGAAAUGGGAGGCUUCUCCUUCCUUACCUAGAUGGGUAGAUGGACUCUCCAGAGAUGAGCUGCCGGGAUCACAAGCACAUCUUGAACUCUGGAGCCUGCAGGGCCCACAUGUGUUAGGGCGUACACACAUGCACGCACACACACACGUGCAUGCAGGCAUUUUCAUUUACACACACAACCCAAUUUUGUAAACAUUCAUGUGGCUGAGACGACACAGGCCACCAGGGGAUCUAGGCCUCACUGCCUGCCCCAAACCACUGGCACCUGGGCCACAGAGGGUUGUGGUAAGGGACACCUGCCUAGCUUCUUCCUGCCUUCAGCUAUUCUGAGGGCUAUUUAUAUGCUCUCGAGAAAGUGGGGGAGGCUGGUUGUUUAGCUGAUGCCAAGCUCUGAGUCCCUGGAGUCGGAGCUGAGUCCUUGGGUCUCAGAGCCACCUUCUGAAAGUCCCAAAGGUUGGAGUCCAGCAUACUUUGUCCUCCUGCCACCAGGGUCUUUGCUGGGUCUCCUCCAGGCUACCUCCCAGCCCUCCUGUGCCCAGCAUGUCAACUCCCCACUCUGUCCCCCCGCUGUAGGCACCAGUCCCAUCCAUCACUAACCUACCCCUCAUAGUCAUCCCAUUUGAGCCCCAGUGUGACUUGUCCUCCCAGCUCCCACUUCCCACCAGUACCCCCUCAACCACACACGACCCUACACACCACAGUGGGUCUCCAUUGUGAAAGGGCCCUUCCCUGACAUGCCAGUGACUUGCCUUCAGACUGGGAUGGCUUGCCAGCUUCAUACCAGGUGCUGCAGGCUGUUGCCUACACCUGGGCCCACGCCUGCAGAGCUUUGUGCCUCAGUGAGGGCAGCCCCCUGGAGGCAUUCUUCAUGACCCUGAUACCUGGCUGCCUGUCCCUGCGUAUCCUCAACCUGAGUGGCCUCUUCACAUCAGGCAUGCUGCUGGCUCAGCCCGAGAUGGCACAGGAGGUCCAGCAGACGUGGUGCUGCCUCUGUGAGCUCAACCUGGCUGGCCUGUGGGACCAGGCCGACCUCAGCUUCAGUUGGCUCAGCAGCUGUGCCCCCAGCCUGGAGCGCCUCUCCUUGGCCUACUACUUGGCGUCACCUACGAGCUGGGCCCAGCCUGGGGCUCUGUCUGCCCCCAGGACUCCUCCCCCUCCCAACUCCUUCCGCUACCUGCUGUGAUCCGUGAAGGAGUACUCACACUGGCUUUCCACUGGAGGCCCUGCAGCCCCUGGGCCAGGUGGCCGGGCUGCAGAUGCAGGAGCUGAGCCUGCGCAGCUGCUGGGACUUCUCCACAGAGGCCGUGGCCCUUUGCCACCAGCAACCAGGCCUUACCUCCCUGGACUUUAGCAGCUGCUCAGAACUGGCUGAUGGGGCACUCUUGGCUGGGAGCUUCGGCCUGCGGCACCUGCAGCAAGGGAGCCCAAGGAAGCUGCAGUGGCUGACGGAUGCGGGAUGCACAGCCCUGGGGGGCUUGUGGGAGCCGCAGAGCCUCGACAUGGUGAGCAGGCGGGAGGGAGCCGCAGAGCCUGGACAUGGUGAGCAGGUGGGAAUUGGCCCAGGCCCUGUGCUCGGGGUGCGGAGCUCCACCCCUCAGCCUGGCCUACUGCUCCUCACUCAAGUCAUACUGAGAGCUGGUGCAUCAGGCCUUGGGCCCCAAGGACCCUUCUCCCCAACCACAGGGCCCCUUCAUGCUGCAGGCCCUGCAGGAGUUGGACCUCAUAGUCUGCAGCAAGCUGACUGAUGCCACUUUGGCCAAGGGGCUCUACUUCCCCCAGCUGAGGCAACUGUCACUGAGCUUGUUGCCAGCACUCACAGACAAGGGGUUGGUGGCUGGCAGGGGCCACCCCAGCCUGGAGUGCUUGGUGCUGAGUCACUGCAGCCUCGUCAGUGACAAGGGCUGGGCCCAGGCAGCCAGCUUCUGGCUGAGGCUGCAGCACCUCAGCCUCUCCAGCUGCACAUAGCUCGUGGAGCAAACACUGGAUACCAUUAGGCAGGCAUGCAAGCAGCUCCAGAUGUUAGAUGUGACCGUGUGUCCUGGUAUCAGCAUGGCUGCCAUCAGGUGCUUCCAAGCCCAAGUGCCCCAGGUGACCUUCCAAUCCUGCUUCUUGGGAGGGAGUGAUCUAAUCCUAACCCUCUGAGGCCAGGUCAGUAACCAGCCCUAGGGCGCAGUCUCCAUCUCCAGAGUCCCCAGCCCUGGCCUCUUGACCUGGAGUUUGACUCAGUGCCUCCUGCUGCCCUCUGCUACAUACCCCAGAGCCCCUUCCCCAAGCUAUAAACCCCUUUUCUAGGAUGGGGGUGGGGGUGGGGGCAGGAACUAAUCCAGGGCAGUCCAGGGGGCUUUCUGCCCCAGUCUGCUCCACAGCCCAGCAGGAGCUUCUUUCUAGCUACAGGUUGCUGCCACAGGCCCCUGGAAAUGCCAGGUCCUGCUCUCCUGGCCAGGCCUGGGUGAGGAGGCCAGGCCCACAGGUGGGCUUGGUAUGGUGCUGGUGGGGAGCAGACCUUGUGCCUCUUGCCCUGCCCACUUCUCACACCUAAGGCCCAUGCCUCACCUUACAGGAGCUCUACGAGCCCUGUGCCAGCAGUGAGCUUUAGCAGCUAAGCCACAGUCUUGUAAACCCAAGCCAAAUUAAAAAUUCCAGCUUUUACCUCCUUGCCUGAAGUUCUCAGACUAAAGGACCCCUCCCCUCCCCACCUUUGCUGAAGCAGCCCAGCCCAGAGACACUGUGGAGGAAACACCAGAGGGAAACACUUCUUCCUCACACCUGGUCCAAAGCCACACAGACACUCCAGCAGGUCCCAGCUUCUUCCCUACCUGGUGGGAGGCCUCUCCCCAGCACGAGCUCAAGGGCAUGUCCUGCAGCAAAGGCACAUCUGUGUGCACUUGUCCCAGCCAGACCCCAGGAGCAUGCUGAUUAAGGAUCCCUGAGUCAAUGAGGCUGUCUUCAGGAAAAAAGGACAACAAAAAAAGAAGAUAGCAUCUCUGGGUAGGAAGGGUCAUUAGAGGUCACUCGUCCAACCUAAACAGUGCAGGUGACUUCUCAACAGCAGCUCUGAGAACCACUCUGUUCAUCUGGCUCUCCAUAUAUCCAUCUCUCUGUUCUUCAGUUCUAGGAGUAGCUAGAGGGGCUGCCUGAGUGCCCACAGUCACUGUGCUUUAUGUGGGGAUUCAGAGGUGACAGAGCCCUUCCAGCCCCCAGGCCAGAUGGGGAGGCAAAUUAACUAACAGGCAGAGACAGUCCAGUGUGCAGGGUGUACACAAAUAGAGAAACAAGCACCUGGGACCAGGAGCCCAGCAGAGCAAUGAACUUAGCCUGGGAGGUCAAGGACCAAGGCCAUGAAAAAUGAGCAGAAGAGAGGAAAGAGGGCAGUCAGACAGAAGGGACUGGGGAGAUGCACAUGGGCAGGCCAGAGCUGGCGCUGAAGGGGGAGGGGGAGGGUCCAGGCCCUGACAGGGUGUAGAGAGUAUGCCAGCUUAGACCAAGCACUGAGAACCCUGCAAGCCACAGACACUCUGUUGGAAAGGCUAAAACCACAACUUGUCUGCAACCUACCUCAACUCUGCUCAAUCAUGGUACCAUGACCAUUAUCCCAUGGACAAGAGAGAGACAUUGAAGAAUACAGGAUGGGGGUGGUGUGUGUGUGAGUGUGUAAUCAGAGCAGCUUCACAUUUGAGAAAGUAGUUGGGGUAGCUAGUAUUGAGAAGAUUGGAGGGGCAAGAGAGGAGGCAGGAAGUCAAGAGGUUCUUGUCAAGAUGAUGAUGGCCUGGGCAAGAGACUGGAGACAUUGAGAAGAAAGAAUUGACAGUAUCAGGAGACUUAACUGCAUCUGGCAUCCCCACUCCCCAUUUUCACCUUGAACUCAAUAGCACACUAUUCCAAGUAUGGUAGGAAGUCUCUGAAUGCAGGAAGUCGGCAUGUUGGGCCCUAGAUGCCCAAGUCAGAAGCAUAGCUGGGGAGAGGGGAUGCAAGUGUUCCCCAGCACAUUCUCCAAAGGAGGUGCCAUUUCAUCACUUUUCAAGGUAAUAUGUUGAUGGUUAACACUGUUAAAAAAGAUAUUUGAGGAGGCAUUGGGAAGGAGAGGGAGUGAAAGGCAUGGAGAAGGAGGUCAGAGGGUAGUGGCAGCCUUUAGCCUACCCUGUGGGUCCUGUGGGCUGGUGUGCUCCUCUUUGCCUCAGAGACUUGGGGUCCUGGACCAGAACCUCUGAGCCUCUGAGCCUGACCUCCAGCAGGGCCCAACACUCCUAGUGGCUUCUGCCCCCAGGGGCUCUGGCCUGUGUGUGGCCCCCACCCCACCCUUGCUCCUGCAUUGGUUUUUAAUCAGAAUGCAGGGCUUCUGGCACUGAAUUCCCUCUAGUUAGAAUCAGCCCACAUCCACCCACCAGCCUAGGGACAUCUUUUGGAAUUGUGAGUUUGCCCUUCAGCACAAAGCAGGCCCAACUGCAUAUCUCUCCCUUCAAGCCUCUCACCAGAGGGCCUCUAAAUCCCACAGAGAUCACAGGGCAGGGCCAAGCAGGGUUGAGGACUGAGCUCAGACUGUCAGGAACUUUCUGGAAAAUGACUCCCAGAUUAGGCCCCUGUUAAUGCUGCCCAGGAAGGCGUCCACUUUGAGCAGUGCCUCCUGCCCUGCUAGUUCUCCCUCAACUGACUGGCAGCCCCCAGUCCUCAAGCCAUCCCUCUCUGCAGGCCCAGCACUGAGGGAGGCUGAGGAUUCAUCUUGGGAAGGGCAACGGGGCCAGCCUACCACCACCUCCUUCAGAAUACCAGCCCCUCAAUUGUAGCUGCCCAGGUUUGUAGGCCCAAACUGUGGCUCUGGCCUGAUGCCCCAUCUCAUUUGCCAGCUAAAUUUGAAGGCAGGCUUGGCCCACAAGAUUCAGAACUGACUCAACACAUGCCAAAGAGCCAAGCAGACUUUAUUUCUGCUGAAGCCUCUGCUGAUCAGGAUGUCUGAGCUUCUCCACCCUCCACCC